AUGGUAUCCUAUCGGUCCGCAAAGCUAGAAGAUCUAGCCCAAAUCCGUGCCAUCAACACCCACUAUAUCCUCAAUACCUCACUCACCUUUGUGCGAACCCCACCCACAUUUGAGUCAUAUGUCACCAAGUUGAACGAUCUCGAAUCUCGUGGCCUCCCAUACCUCGUUGCUAUUGAUGAAUCACCAAAUCUAGACGAUCAACAAGAUCUUGUUCUCGGCUACGCGUAUCUUUCUCCAUUUCGCCCGCAAAUGGUUUCAUAUGCUCCUACCGUUGAACUCAGCCUCUUUGUGCACCCGGAGCAUCAAUCUCGCGCGAUAGGAUCUGCUCUUCUUGCGAGGUUGCUUGCACUUGUUCGAAAAGGUGAAGUUCGACACCGUUGCCAGGAAAUGGGUGUCGGCAGUGAAUCAACCGAUCUCGAUCAAUCAGCUCUGGCCCCUGGUGUGACCCAGGUACGAAAUGUCAUUGCCGUUAUGGCCGUGGACCCUGAAGGCAAGGAGGAAGGUGAAGCUUUGAGAAAAUGGUAUCUCAAACGUGGCCUUGAUGAGUGUGGACGAAUGAAGAAGGUCGGUUUCAAAAGGGGACACUGGAUUGACACAGUCUGGCUGCAAUAUUGCGUCCCCGAAUAA